AUGUUGACCUCGCGCGGUGUUGCUCGUCUGUCGAGCAGGGCUCUCAAGGUCCGUAGGGCGAACAACGCCCUCCUUUCUACCGCUGCCCUCACCCGCACCACUCUCCCGACGCUCGCCGCAGCUCCCCGUGCAGCCCCUAAGCCCCAACAGGCUCCUUCUCAAGCUGCCCGCACCUAUGCUACCGAGUCCAAGCAGACGAUCGGUACUGUCAAGACGGUCAUCGGUGCCGUCGUCGAUGUGCAAUUUGAAUCAGAGAACCUGCCUCCGAUUCUGAACGCGCUCGAGGUCCAGGAUUUCCAUGGUGGCCGCCUUGUGCUUGAAGUCGCUUCCCAUUUGGGUGAGAACUCGGUCCGUACAAUUGCUAUGGAUGGUACCGAGGGUCUCGUUCGUGGCCAAAAGGUUAUCGACACUGGUGCUCCUAUUACCAUCCCCGUCGGUGCUGGAACCCUCGGUCGUAUCAUGAACGUCAUUGGAGAGCCGAUCGACGAGCGUGGCCCCAUCAAGGCCUCCAAGCGUAGCCCGAUCCAUGCCGAUCCUCCAGCAUUCGUCGAGCAGUCGACUACUGCCGAAGUUCUUGAGACCGGUAUCAAGGUCGUCGAUCUCCUUGCCCCUUACGCUCGUGGUGGAAAGAUUGGUCUCUUCGGCGGUGCCGGUGUCGGAAAGACUGUCUUGAUUCAGGAGCUCAUCAACAACGUCGCCAAGGCUCAUGGUGGUUUCUCUAUCUUCUGUGGUGUCGGUGAACGUACCCGUGAGGGCAACGAUCUUUACCAUGAAAUGAUCGAAACUGGUGUCAUCAACCUCCAGGGUGACUCCAAGGUCGCUCUCGUGUUCGGUCAGAUGAACGAGCCCCCUGGUGCCCGUGCUCGUGUCGCACUCACUGGUCUCACCAUUGCCGAGUACUUCCGUGACGAGGAAGGCCAGGAUGUGUUGCUCUUCAUUGACAACAUCUUCCGUUUCACCCAGGCUGGUUCUGAAGUGUCUGCGUUGCUUGGUCGUAUUCCAUCUGCCGUCGGUUAUCAACCUACUCUCUCCACGGACAUGGGUGCCAUGCAAGAGCGUAUCACCACCACCAAGAAGGGCUCCAUUACUUCCGUACAGGCCGUGUAUGUCCCUGCCGAUGAUUUGACCGAUCCCGCCCCUGCUACGACCUUCGCUCACUUGGACGCCACCACUGUGUUGUCUCGUGGUAUUGCCGAACUCGGUAUCUAUCCUGCCGUCGAUCCUCUCGACUCCAAGUCUCGUAUGUUGGACCCCCGUAUCGUCGGACAGGAGCACUACGAGGUUGCAACUGCGACCCAAAAGAUUCUCCAGGACUACAAGUCUCUCCAGGAUAUCAUUGCUAUUCUGGGUAUGGACGAGUUGUCUGAAGAAGACAAGCUUACUGUCGAGCGUGCUCGCAAGAUCCAGCGUUUCAUGUCCCAGCCCUUCCAAGUCGCUCAGGUCUUCACUGGUACUGAGGGAAAGCUCGUCUCUCUCAAGGACACCGUUCGCUCCUUCAAGGAAAUCCUUGCUGGCAACCAUGAUUCCCUCCCUGAGGCUGCGUUCUACAUGACCGGCACCAUUGAGGAUGUCAAGGCCAAGGCCGAGCAGCUCGCCAAGGAUAUGGGCUCUUCCGCAUAA